UGUUGCCCCAGCAAACGAUGGACAUGGCUGAGUUGUCACAGUUGUAUCCACACCUCCAAGAUCUGCCGAUCGAAUCUUAUCGCGACGCUCGUCCACGCAUUCUUAUAGGGAUGAAGCACGCCCAGCUCAGUCUUGGCCUGAAAAAUCGUGAAGGGGGAAUCGGUCAACCAAUCGCUAUAAAGACACGCCUCGGAUGGACGGUAUGCGGAGGAUGGGGUUCCGGGAGCGACGCCAACCUACACCAUUACACCUUCCACGUUUGCCCCUGUAGUGUGAAGUCAGACGAGGACUUGCAUCAGGCUAUGAAGGACUACUUUUCAUUAGACAGUCUCGGGGUGGCUAAACCGGAGAAGGUGCUUUUAUCCGUUGAAGAUGAACGAGCAUUUUUAUUGCUUCAGUCGCUGACCCGUCGUAAAGAUAAUCGAUACGAGUCCGGAUUGCUGUGGCGAUACGAUGACACCCGAUUGCCAGACAGUCAAUCAAUGGCGCUGCGUCGAUUGCAGUGCCUAAAGAAACGGAUGGAGAAAGACCCGGAAAUGUCAAAGAUCCUGCAAUCAAAGAUAACCGAGUAUGUGGAGAAGGAGUACAUCCGGAAGCUUACAGACGAAGAAAUCAACCAGAAGAUUCCACGACGCUGGUAUUUGCCAAUUUUUCCCGUAACCAACCCAAACAAACCUGGGAAGGUGCGAAUUGUGUGGGACGCAGCAGCUAUCGCUCACGGCAUGUCCUUGAACUCAGCGCUGGUAAAAGGACCGGAUCUGUUGAGCUCACUUCUCGCAAUUCUACUUCAGUUUCGGGAACGCCGCAUCGGACUGACUGGUGAUAUCCGUGAAAUGUUCCACCAGGUACUGAUCCGAGCCGAAGACCAGUUAUGUCAGUGUUUCUUCUGGAUAGACGACCAUGGAGCCAUAGUAGUGUACGUGAUGCAGGUUAUGACAUUCGGGGCUUGCUGCUCCCCAAGCACUGCACAGUUCGUGAAAAAUACCAAUGCGGAAAGAUUCGCGAACAAAUAUCCAGCUGCAUGCGAAGCUAUCAUGAAGUCUCAUUACGUAGAUGACAUGCUCGUCAGUGUGGAUACAGAAGAGCAAGCGAUCCAGUUGGCGAAAGACGUUAAGCAUGUACACGAGCAGGGUGGCUUUGAGAUCCGAAAUUGGGUAAGUAACUCGAGAAAAGUACUUUCAUCGCUACAGGAGGCAAACACCGACGAAAAAUGUCUCGACUUAUCUCCAGAGCUGGCCACUGAGAAGGUGUUAGGCAUGUGGUGGAACACGAGCGACGACGUCUUUACCUACAAAGUCGGAUGGAGCCGCUACGACCCGGCUCUGCUAGAAGGCCAACGACGUCCGACGAAGCGGGAAGUGCUGCGUGUUCUAAUGACCAUUUUCGAUCCGCUCGGCUUGAUUUCCCACUUUCUAUCGUUCCUGAAGAUCCUGCUCCAGCAAAUCUGGCGGUCCGGUGUGCAAUGGGACGAAGAAAUCGACGACAAUGCAAACGAAAAAUGGAACACAUGGCUGCAAGUUCUACCUAGAGUUGAACAGGUUCAAAUCCCUCGAUGCUAUAACUCCAAAUACCCCGCGGAAGAAGCCGACGAUAUCCAACUCCACACGAUGGUGGAUGCCAGCGAAAAUGGCAUGGCCGCCGUUUGCUAUUUGCGUUUCGUCAAGACCGGAACGAUCAUCUGCUCCAUCGUCGCCGCAAAAACAAGAGUCGCACCGCUUAAGUUUACGUCGAUCCCAAGGAUGGAACUAGCAGCUGCUGUCCUUGGCGCCCGUUUGGCUCGCGCUGUCGAAGGAUCGCUGUCCAUCCAGAUCUGCAGGAAGGUGUACUGGUCAGAUUCCCGAGACGUCCUAUGCUGGAUCAACUCGGACCAUCGCCGCUAUAGUCAAUACGUUGGUCACAGGAUCAGUGAUAUUGUAGAGAUUUCGGAAGCACGUGAAUGGCGGUGGGUCCCGAGCAAGCUAAACUGCGCUGACGACGCUACCAAGUGGAGUAGCCUACCAGAUAUGUCAUCAGAUCAUAGAUGGUUCAAAGGAGCAGACUUUCUCUGGCGCGCUGAAGAAGAUUGGCCGCCAUCGCCAACACUUAGUGGAUCUACCGAGACCGAACUUCGCCCUUCCUUUCUGGGUCAUCACGCACCGUCGGAACCCGUCAUCAGUGUCUGCAAAUACUCAAGCUGGAAGAGGCUGGUUAAAGUUGCAGCACUCGUUCAUCGUUUCGCGAAUAACUGUCGCCUAAAGCACGCCAGGAGAUCGAUUAACACGGCACCACUUACAGCAAAUGACAUGCUGAUCGCCGAGAGUUCGCUGAUACGACUCGCGCAACGGGAAACGUACCCCGACGAAGUUGCUGCUCUUCAGAAAGCCAAAGCCGAUUCUUCCACAAGUACUGUCCCUAAAACCAGCUCUCUAUACCAGUUAUCGCCAUGGUUGGACGAACGUGGAGUCCUGCGCAUGCGAACGCGGAUUGCUGCUUGUCACUACGCCACCGAUGAUGCGAAGCAGCCAAUCAUUCUCAAUCGAAAUCACCACACCACCACCCUGAUCGUAGCAUACUACCACCACAAAUACCACCACCAAAACCACGAAACCGUUAUCAAUGAAAUACGGCAGAAGUUUCACAUCCCUCAUCUACGCGCCUGUUACGAGCGAGUACGGAAGGAUUGCCAGUGGUGCAAGAACCAGCACACAACACCUAGCCCACCAUAUAUGGCCGAUCUUCCGCCAGCCCGCCUCGCUGCAUUUUCACGACCAUUUACGCAUGUCGGAGUUGACUAUUUCGGGCCGGUUGAAGUUGUCGUCGGAAGAAGGGUUGAGAAGCGGUGGGCAAUGUUAGCCACUUGUCUGACGGUGCGGGCAAUCCACAUUGAAGUUGUACAUUCGCUUAGCACAAGCUCCUGCAUCAUGGCGAUCCGUAACUUCAUUGCACGGCGUGGCACUCCCCAGAAGAUUUACAGUGACCGUGGUACGAACUUCAUCGGUGCAAAUCGGGAACUGAAGCAAGCCAACGAAGCAGUAAACCAACACGAACUGAUGAGAGAGUUCACGAGCUCUGGGAUUGAGUGGGUGUUCAACCCACCUCUGUCACCACACAUGGGCGGUAGCUGGGAGCGAUUGAUUCGCACCGUCAAGAACAACUUGAUGGUUGUUUGUUCGUCGAAGAAGACGUCCGAUGAAGUAUUCCGCAAUCUACUAACUGAAGUGGAGAAUACAGUCAACUCGCGUCCACUAACUCACGUGCCGAUUGAUGAGGAUUCGGCCCCAGCGUUGACUCCGAAUCACUUUCUGCUUGGAUCGUCCAGUGGUUCGAAACCGAUCACAAGCCUCGAUGAUAGCGGCGCAGCCCUGAGACAGAACUGGUGUACGUCGCAAAUUUUAGCGAACCAAUAUUGGAAGCGUUGGGUGUCGGACUACCUUCCAGAAAUCACUCGCCGAACCAAGUGGUUUCGUCAUACAAAACCGAUCGCCGUGGGCGAUAUUGUAGUCAUCGCUGAUUGCAACAUGCCCCGCAAUUGUUGGCCGAAGGGUAAAGUCAUCAGCACCAAAGUCAGCCAGGAUGACCAGGUUCGGUCCGCAACCGUGAGGACAGCGAGUGGCGUAUACGAUCGCCCGGCGACGAAGCUUGCUGUUCUAGACAUAUGGUGCGACGGAGAGUAAGCCAACCAGGGGUUGUCGUACCCUGGGGGGAGUGUUGGCCGCACUGGCCUGAGCGCACCUACCGUGUCAGAACAUCCCUGCAGUGGGUUUGACAGCGGAGUGACAGGUACCGAUCUGACACCGGGGUGAGUAAGGAAGAGGAUAAAAAGAUAGAGCCAGACGAUUGGAAUCGAAAAUUAUAACAUUCUCAGUCCUAAAUGUUUCUUAUGCAUCUAUUAUUAAAUUGAACUUAAAUUAAUCUUAAACUAGUGAACCUAGGUGCUAAAUAUUAAAAUUAACCGUGAAAUUGUUUGAGCCGGUAAGCUGAGAUCACUUAAAACUAUCUUAAACGAAACUUAAUUGCUAUUAGUUAUAACUAGGUUACCCACAACAAUAACACCAGCUUUGCAGUAGUGCCGCAAUUCUAUUAGACACUACAAUCGGUGAGAAACUUAAACUACAGUGUUUCCUCGAAAAUUACUAUUAAUCUACUUAAUUAUGUAGGAUAUUGCCGUCAAUUGCGUUUCAAAGGUCACGAGAGGAUUAAACCAUAUUAAUCUUACCAUACGAAAGCCAAUCGGACAACCACAAUAAUCAGGUCGAGAACCCACUUAAAUCCCAGCCGGGAGUUAUAUGCUAAAGGAACUAAACGUAAGUCUUACCGGCUAAAAUUACAAUCUAAACUUACAUCUAUAAAGCACAAAUACUGAAUUUAAUUGAUACUUUUAUGAAACACAAAAUUGAUAACUAAUAUUGAUCACAAAUGUCCUGCAUCUUACAGGAAAAUUAUAUUCUCCCAAAACCGAAUAUUGCGUUUUAUUGCCGUCGGUGGAGAAUUAUAACAUCGGAAAAUUCCU